AUGGAGCAGCAACCUUCUGAGCCCCCAAUUCAGAAUAACCACGGCGCAAAUACACAGCAAGGUUUGUCUACCGCACCUCAGUCCCAGCCUGUAGAUGCAUUAGAGGUCAAGGAGGAGUCUCCUGAAGUUUCACCGACGCUACUGCAGUCACCACUCCCAGAUGCUGCUAAGGUCGAGAUGCCCUCUCCAAAGUAUACGGCUCCGGUACCGCUGUCCCAUGCAGAGACUGAAAAGAUCGAGGUGGCGUCUCCUAAGGAUCCGCCUAUGGUGCCCCAGUCUCAGCCAGCAGCUGCAGCCAAGGCAGAGGUGGAUUCUUCGAAGACUGCGCGGAUGGUUCCUCAGUCCACGCCUGCAGACACCCCUAAAGCCGAUAUUGCGUUCUCUAAGGAUGCAUCGACCGUACCUCAGUCACCACCAGCAGAUACGGCUAAGGUCGAGGAAACGCCUUCUAAAGAUGCCCUGGUGGUGCCCCAGUCAUUGCCUGCAGACGUGGCUAAGGUGGAUUCCGCGAAAGCUUCACCGACAGUACUCCAGUUCUCAGUGACCGACAACGCGAACAUCGAGGAGCCUUAUACUAAGGCGUCCCCGACAUUACCCCAGUUCCCCCUAUCGAGCACCACCAAUGUCGACAUGGCAAUUCCUGAGGGUGCACCUAUGGUACCCCAGCCACCAUCUGAAGAUGCAGCAAAGACUGAGAUGACUAGUCCUAAGACUGCACCGAAGGCACCCCAGUCUCCGCCUGUCGCCGCAGCAAAGGUAGAAGUGAAACCUCCGAAGGAUUCAUUGUCGGUGAGACAUUGCCACCUGGUGCGCCGCACUGAUUUUGAAGGUUACGGUUUUCUGUUUGGCGAGGAUAACGAGCGUAAGCAGCAGCUCGUCACAGCAGUGGAACCAGGAAGCCCCGCUGAAGCAGCAGGUCUUCGAGUAAAAGACAUCAUUAUUCAGGUGAAUGGAGUGGAAAUCGACGGUGCCUGCCACCAGGACAUCAUCAAUCGCCUCAAUUCAAUCCCCAGCGAGGCACAUCUGCUGGUAGUGAACGAAGUUGCUUUUGACUCGUACAAGAAGCACGUGGGCGUAAACAGCCUGCCCAGCGCCCAUGAGAUGAGCGACGUGGCCGGGGCAGAAACCAUUCAGUCGGACACGAAGCCUGCCAUCCCGCAAGCCAGAUUUAUUACGGUCAGCUCACCACCAACCGUUGUGCCACUUUCAGUCGAGCACGACAGCUUCCAGACGUCGGUGAGGCACACCAGCCCAAAUAGUAGCACGGCAAUAGGGCCCGUCGCCACGUCUGGAAUGCUAGACCCACUGGUGAACGUCAAACAGGAGCCCACUAGUCCGACAGAAAGCACACUGCGACGACGAUUUACCCCCGACGAAGGGCAUCAGCCAAGUUCGCAAGACAACAGCCCCCAGGUCUCGUACAUUGUAUAUUAUAUUUGA